AUAAAGUCGAGUAGGUUACACCGAUUUCCCUCAAUGCAUGAGCAACACGCGGCAGAUAGCGUCUCACGGCACGAAGUUCAAGAUAUAAGCCUCAAUGAUCAAUGGCAUUGACUCUUGAGGCUGCAUUAACUUCAACUCCUUGCCGCCCCCCCGCCCUCUACCGUAUUUGAAACAAUACAUGCUCGUAAGGACGCUGCUGAGGAGGCGCGUCGCUAGCGGACACCGCUUCCAAUGUAGUCGGAUCACGCUACGGCAUGCCAGCAAUGACGGUCGGCGGCGUAGGGGAGUCGGAGGAGGUGGGAAUGGCCCGCCCGAUCAUCACGGCGUGAAGCGUAUCAAAGUCGGUCCAAACAAUGGCGCACUCUCCCUUGCCGAGCAGCUCUUCCCAAAAACGAAGAAGGAUGCAGGCGACGAAGAGCGUCCACCCCGAGAAAUUCCUCGAUUACCCCUGGAAAGUCCAAACAUGCCAAAACGCAUGACUCGCUCAGAUCACAACAUCUUCCACGAUCGACCAAUGAUGCCGCAACUUGAACGUGAGAUCCGACGUCAAGAUGAACUCUCUCCCGAGAUCACUGUCCUGGUUCUCCGUAACGCGAGCAAGAACCUUGUGGAAGAGGACUUCCGCCGCCUCGUCCCGCAAGGCCAGCACAUGGAAGGCUGGAUGCUCGAACAAGGCGACAUCAUCAAGGUGCUACCGGGUCGAGAUUUAGCCACACUCGAACAGGGCAACUACUAUUAUCUCCUCUUCAAGAACCGACUGAGCGCCUUCACCUACCAAGGUCACGUCUCCAGGAUGUUUCAGAUUGUGGCGCAACAGACGCCUACUUCCACCGCAUCGCAGAUCCCGCCACCUCCUGGGUAUAAAGUGCUAGGCAUGGACGCUCACGCUGUCCUGCAAGCCUUCACCCUCGUACCAGCGAGUCAGAAGAUGGACCUGAGGAUGCUGUCGCACCCGAUGACGCCGGCGAUGGACAGUCUAGUCAAGCACCAGGGCUACAAAGCACUUGUGAGGCGCCCUGACAGGAUGCCUUUCGAAGUGCGCUUGACGCUGGAGGGACCGCAGCUUCAGGUCCCUGCCAUCCGCCAUGUCCUCGUGGAGACUGCUAAAGACCGCUCGCUACCCUGGUCUGGUGGGGAUGACAACGUACCCAGGAUCACGAAAUGGGAACCAACCAACCCUGCCACCACUAGGGAUAGGCAUAGUCCGAAAGCCGGGGCUGUACCGGCGCCUGAUGCAAGCGAACUUGCGGCAACCUCUGGCGACCAUGUAGAGGAAACGAGAAGAUCUCCGCAGCUAGUCUACAUCCUGGGCUUCUGCACUGAGUUGGCUGCCCAGCGGUUUCUGAGGUACUGGCAUCGACGGCCCAUGACGUUGUCGGAGGAUGGGAUUGAGCAUGGCCACUAUGACGAUAUAGCACCGAUCACCAAUGUAGAGAUGCUUUGGUAA